AUGGCGAACGUGACGGUGAUUGGCCUAGGAGCCAUGGGUGGCGGCAUGGCCCGUGCACUGGUGGACUCCCCUGUAACCAAGAUGGUUGCUGGUUUUGAUAUGAACAAGACCCACCUUGAGAACUUUUACAAUGACGCCAAAGCAGCCAAUAAGGCACCUUCUCAAAUGCCUAACAGUCAAAAAGAGAGCAUUACUGCCGGCACCGAUUUUUGCAUUCUUGCCUUGGUGAACGAAAAACAAUGUGAGGCGGUGUGCUUUGGAGGAGAUGAUCCUUUAAUCAACUCGCUUGCCAAAGAUUCCUGUGUCAUUUUGACGUCCACCGUGACAGCUACCUGGGCGAGGAAGGCUUGUGAGAAGUUUCAAGCUAAAGGCAUUUUUAUGAUGGAUUGUCCCAUGAGUGGUGGUCCUGCUCGGGCAAGAGAAGGUGCUCUGACAAUGAUGGCGUCAGGAGACGAUGCGAGCUUCGCCAAAGCCAAGGAUAUAAUUAAUGCCCUCGGCAAGGAAGUGUAUUGUAUCAAAGGAGGAGCAGGCAUGGGAUCGACUGUCAAAAUGGUACAUCAGUUGUUGGCAGGUGUCCAUAUUUGUGCUGCUGCCGAGGCCUUGUCGCUUGCUGCAAAGGCCGGGUUAGAUGUCCAUCAAAUGUAUGACAUUGUGAAUGGCGCUGCUGGAGCUAGUUGGAUGUUCCAAAAUCGUGGCGAGCGCAUGCUGCAAGCUGGUGAUCCAGAGGUCAAGAGUGCGCUUGACAUUUUUGUCAAGGAUCUGGAUAUAGUCCACGCCGAAGCCAAAGCGCUACAAUCUCCCAUUCCAAUUGCCAGUUCAGCAUUGCAGCAGUUUGUCAGCGGUCAAGCCUUGGGACUGGGAAAGAAGGACGACUCACAAGUUGUCAAAGUUUACGAGAGCAUCACAGGCGCUCCCGUCGGAGGAGAGGAACCAUCAACCAGAAACGAGAAAACUAUCGGCGAAGCCGUAGGAGAAUACUGGGAAGUGGCAGAUGGAAAACUUGAAGAAAUCAAGGAAGUUGGAGAAGAACCAAGGCACAAAGUCGUUCUCGCCAACGAAUUUGUGCGGGCGCUCAGGGUCUCCUUUCCCCCCAAUGAUACGACGUUGGCACAUCGACAUGCUGAAGACAGUUUGUACUUUUUCCUCGUGGAGGGAGGAUUGGAUGUGGUGAAUCAUGUUCAAGGCGCGGAUCCUUCUUGUGACUGUUUGGGAUUUGGAGAAGUUCGAUUCGGGACGCAUAAGAGCGACAAACCACUGGUGCACAAGAUCACCAACAAAUCCAACCAAGUCAUGCUGUGUAUCGAUGCCGAAGUCCUGAAGCAACCACCCAUAACCGCAGCUAUCCCUCUUGUAGCGGAACACCACGAACUCAUCAAAACACGCGACAAAUGCCGAGUGUACAAAAUGACAUUGGAACCUGGUGGAAGUGUAGAAGUGACCUAUCCAUUCUUCUACUUUACUGUUGUAUUGGAAGGCGGUACUCUCCAAUCCGAAAUCACAGCCAACAAAGGCGUCCCUUCUAUUUCAUGGAAGACGCCCAUGCAAAGGGGCGAUGUGCACUGGAAGGAACCGGUCGCUGGGUUGAAGCAAACAAACGUUGGUGCUUCAACAUUUGUCAUGUACAUUGCUGAGUGGAGGGAUCCAGUAGCCUUCCACCUGCUGUCGCUUCGUGAAGGAUCACGAUGCCCGCCAGAUCCUCCCUGGUAA